GCGCAGUUCCCCUCCCCCAGUCUGCACCCCAGCGCUCCGGCCGCCCAUCCUCCUUGCCCGCGCCGCCUGUCCUUCGCAGCCGCCCAGGAACGAUGAAGCUCUCCGCCGUCUUCGCCAUCGCCGCGCUCGCCUUCGCGUCCGCCACUGGCGCCGCCCCGCUCCCCGAGACCAACGGGCAGCGUUUGGCACGCGGGCUCCCUCCACUGAAGCCGCGUUUUGUGGCGACGCCUGUGGCGCGUAGCGAGCCGUCUGCACCCUUGAAGCGCGCUGAGCCCUCGGCGCGCGCAGUGAAGCGCAACGAGCCUUCCGCGCGCGCCCUGCGCAAGCGCUCCGAGCCGUCUGCGCGUGCCUAUGCCGCGUAGUCUGACAGACACUCGGAUAACGCUAUCAUGACUGGUCUUAUCCACGACAUGACUAGUCCCUCCCGACAAACGUGGUCCCCUACGCCCAACGUGUAUCCCCCACGUCCCCCACGACUAACGUGCUCCCCUCACGUCUAUCCCCCGCAAAUCGUAUCCUAUCCCUCUUCUAACACCACAUCCUACCGCUGUCGUCCUAUUUAUCCUCCGUUCCGAACUGUUGCCAUUACAUACUUACCUACCUAUCCCCCGGACAACACCUAGACCCGUGUCGUCGACUACGCCCAUAUAGACCUUGCUCUUCUCGUCUACGUUCGCCCUAGACUGUACUCGGCGGCGUCUGUACUUAUCUUGCGUCGUCUGGCGGUGUGCAUACCUGCUCAGCAGUGCGUGCACCCGCUCGGCGUCGCUCUAGACUUUCGUACGAGUCCCGGUACUUGUACGCGUGUACGGGACGCAUGCUGGUUUCCCUUCAGCAGACGCACCGUACUUACGCCAGGCUCACGACGUAGACCGCGUAGCCCCACGACGGACUUGCGUACUUCACGUAUCCUAGAGUUUCUCACCUUACGUGCUUUUCAUACGCUGACGAACUCUGCCUCAAUUUUGACCUGCGAGUGAUCUGCCUGAUGACCUCGCUCAAGGCCAUUGUGGCGCGCGACCUCGCUCGUGG